GGCGGUAGCGAGAACGAGGCUCACUUCCGCCCGCGGAGGAGCUGCGGCGGUGGCGGUGCAGGAGGCCGGGCCGGGGCGCGGAGGGACAGACGGACGCACGGGCGGGCGGCCGGGAGCCAUGGAGCGCGGCCCUGGGGCCCGGGGGCGCGGGCCGGGGUGGGCUUCCCACGGCACAACAUGGAGACCUGUGGUUGCGAGGCUCCCUGGGGCUCAGCUUGGACCGCGAUGGGGCUGGGCCCUGGCCUCCUAACGGGGCUGCCGUCUGGGGCGGUAGCUGGGGGGGCGCCCUCCCCCCUGCCCGCGACUCAGAGCACCCCUGCCCCUCCCCUGCCGGGCCAGGCCGGGCAGCGUUGUUGGCGGGGGCCCCGGUGGAGGCCCGGCCCGGGCGGCGCCCGCCAUGAACGGGCUGUCGCUGAGUGAGCUCUGCUGCCUCUUCUGCUGCCCGCCCUGCCCCGGCCGCAUCGCUGCCAAGCUCGCCUUCCUGCCGCCAGAGGCCACCUACUCCCUGGUGCCUGAGCCCGAGCCGGGGCCUGGUGGGGCCGGGGCCGCCCCCUUGGGGACCCUGCGGGCCUCCUCGGGCGCACCCGGGCGCUGGAAGCUGCACCUGACGGAGCGCGCUGACUUCCAGUACAGCCAGCGCGAGCUGGACACCAUCGAGGUCUUCCCCACCAAGAGCGCCCGUGGCAACCGCAUCUCCUGCAUGUAUGUUCGCUGCGUGCCUGGCGCCAGGUACACGGUCCUCUUCUCGCACGGCAACGCCGUGGACCUGGGCCAGAUGAGCAGCUUCUACAUUGGCCUGGGCUCCCGCCUGCACUGCAACAUCUUCUCCUACGACUACUCUGGCUACGGUGCCAGCUCGGGCAGGCCUUCCGAGAGGAACCUCUAUGCCGACAUCGACGCCGCCUGGCAGGCCCUGCGCACCAGGUACGGCAUCAGCCCGGACAGCAUCAUCCUGUACGGGCAGAGUAUCGGCACGGUGCCCACCGUGGACCUGGCCUCGCGCUACGAGUGUGCCGCAGUGGUGCUGCACUCGCCACUCACCUCGGGCAUGCGCGUCGCCUUCCCCGACACCAAGAAGACCUACUGCUUCGACGCCUUCCCCAACAUCGAGAAGGUGUCCAAGAUCACGUCGCCCGUGCUCAUCAUCCACGGCACGGAGGACGAGGUGAUCGACUUCUCGCACGGGCUGGCGCUGUACGAGCGCUGCCCCAAGGCGGUGGAGCCGCUGUGGGUGGAGGGCGCCGGGCACAACGACAUCGAGCUCUACAGCCAGUACCUGGAGCGCCUGCGUCGCUUCAUCUCCCAGGAGCUGCCCAGCCAGCGCGCCUAGCGGCGGCCCCAACCGGCCGGACUUCAGCAAUAAGGCGGCCCCCGGACCUCACCCCGCGCCGGCCCCCCAGGGGCUGCAUGUGGACCCCCGGGCGGCCCAGGGGACCCUGCCUCGACCCAGGGGCUGUGGACCAUGUACAGGCAACAGAGCUACGCACUCCUUUCCUUUUGGAAGCAAGAAGAAAAUACGUGAAAACGGAAAUUAAAGAUUUAAAAUUUUA